AUGAAAAGCGCUGCACAGGUCGUUAUGGUGAUUUUCCUGCUUGGGUUGGGGUUUAUCAUAGUUCGCUCGAGCGCCAGGCGGAGAUCACCCUUUAUCCUAGAGACACCGCGCAGAAAAAGCCCUUCGGAGCAAGAGAUCGAGAUUGACCCAAAUUCCACUUCGCAAUCCUCGCCGGUCCCUGCAAGUACCGGCCCUCCUACUGCAGAGCAGAACGGUUCCCCCUCUCCCCUCAACCAGUCUACAUUUGCGCCCCAGCAAGCGAUCCUUCCUGCCAAAAAAUCUACGGAUUAUACUGUCGGCUGGAUCUGCGCCAUAGUAACAGAAUACGCAGCGGCGCAAGAAUUUCUUGAUGAAGAGCAUGAGGCACCAGACUUUGUGUCGCCGGGCGACACUAAUCAUUACACAUUGGGCAGAAUUGGGGAACAUAACGUCGUCAUCGCUGUCUUACCUGAUGGAGAAUACGGAACUGCUGCCGCGGCCAUGGUAGCCACGAAUAUGCAGAAUAGCUUCCCCAACGUUCGAAUCGGGUUACUGGUUGGCAUUGGUGGCGGUGUCCCAAGCGAGAGGCAUGACGUUCGCCUGGGCGAUGUUGUAAUCAGUGCACCCCGCGAUGGUAAAGGUGGUGUGUUCCAGUAUGAUUUUGGGAAGACAAUGCAGGGUCGUUCCUUCCAACACACUCGUUAUCUCAAUCAGCCUCCGACAGCUCUCCGUACUGCACUGACAGGACUGCAAGCACGAUACAAGAGAAGGGGGCACUCUAUCGAGAGCACAAUCAACGGCAUUCUAAACCGGAACCCAGGGCUUCGACAAGAGUACGGGCGGCCGCCGGGAAAUGCUGAUACCCUGUUCAGAGCCGAUGUGAUCCAUGAUCCAAAGGGAUGUGCUGAAUUCUGCGCUAGUAAUCCAUCUAAUAUCAUCCAGCGGCGCGCGCGGACUACGAACGAAUCGGAUCCAGCUAUUCACUAUGGGCUCAUCGCUUCUGCAAAUCAAGUUAUGAAGAACGCAUUGGUACGCGACCAGCUGGCAGCUGAGAAUGAUAUCCUCUGCUUUGAAAUGGAGGCCGCAGGGUUGAUGAAUCAAUUUCCUUGCCUUGUUAUUCGCGGCAUAUGUGACUAUUCGGACUCGCAUAAGAACAAGGAGUGGCAAGGCUUUGCAGCGAUGACAGCGGCUGCGUAUGCGAGAGAUAUGAUCUGCCAGAUUCGUCCAAGUUUGGUUGAGGCUGAAAAGAAGCUCGGUGAAAUUCUACUUGGCCUCCAUGAUACUCUUGAAGCCCAGAAUAUAUUCGCCAAAGAGAGAAUGUCCGACAAAGAAGAAAAGUGUCAUCAGUUGUUCCGCCUUACUAGUGACAGCGGGGGUGAUACCACAUAUGAGUGGUAUAAAAAUCGAGUGGAGGAGAGGGUUGACAACACGUGCAUAUGGUUCCUGGAGCAGAAGAAAUUCCAGGAGUGGUUGCAAGCUGAGUCCGGCCCCCUGCUAGUCUCAGCGGAUCCUGGCUGUGGAAAGUCAGUGCUGGCCCGGUACCUGAUCGACAUUUACCUGCCGCGAUCGGCUACAAUCUGCUACUUCUUCUUCAAAGACAAGGCUCAGGACAAAGUUCGGCAAGCACUUUGCGCGUUGCUCCAUCAACUCUUCUCUCAGAAGCCGUAUCUGAUCAAACAUGCCAUGCCAGAGUACAGCAAGGAUGGGGAAGGUCUGAUCAACUCGACAGAAUCGCUGUGGAAGGUUCUACGAAACGCGAUCGGAGACCCCCAGUCAGGACCAAUAAUCAUGGUCCUUGAUGCCCUGGACGAAUGCAGUGAAUUGGAGCUCCCAGACCUGACGCAGAAGGUGGAGAGUCAAUUCCGUAGCCGGCAGGGCAAGCUGAAGUAUCUCCUAACUUGCCGUCCAUAUGAGUCAAUCGUAUCUAGAUUUGGCAGCUUAUUACGCAUCUUUCCGAACCUUCGUAUACCAGGAGAGGAAGAGUCGGAAGCCAUCAGUUGUGAGGUGAAUCAUGUCAUUACGCACAGGGUCGAUCAGCUGUCGCAGAAGAAGAAUCUCUCAGCCGAAGUCAGGAGGCGACUGGAGAAAGGACUACGGAAGACUCCCCACCGCACUUAUCUUUGGGUAUACCUCGUGUUUAAUUACUUGGAGGAAGACGACUUCAAAAAAACAGAAAAAGGGGCUGAGUCUGCCUUGAAAACAAUUCCAACAACUGUUAAUGCGGCAUACGAGCAAAUCCUUAACAAGUCUAAGGAGCAAUCGACAGUCCGAAAAGUCUUGAGUAUCAUCUUGGCCGCGAGCCGACCGCUGACACUUCCGGAGAUGAACAUUGCUAUGAAUGUAGAAGAUACAUCGCAGUCUAUUGAUGACCUUGACUUGGAGAAUGAAGAGGACUUCAAAUCGCGCCUCAGAACAUUAUGCGGACUGUUCAUCUCAAUUCAUCAGGGCAGGAUUCAUUUUCUCCAUCAAACGGCUCGCGAGUUUCUUACUAGAGAUUUGGGAUCAUCUAAUACUACUCCGUUAAAGCCAGGGUGGUAUCACUCUAUCGCUAUCGCGCAGGCACACGAGGUUCUUGCAACUGUCUGCGUGCGCUAUCUCAACUUCUUCAAUUCUGAUACAGCCAGUUCAUUAAACGCGGGUGAAGAUGACAAUAAUAUCACCGGAAGCCACGACUUUUUACAUUACUCAGCUAAAGCCUGGACUACUCACUUCCGCGAGGCCAGUAUCAUUCCUACCGCUGCCAUAAUACCCUCCGCUCUAAGAAUUUGUGACCCGGAUUCAAGAAGCUACGCGGCAUGGUUUGGCAUCUUCUGGGAGACUACAUUUUUGGCAAAGACUGAGCAUUUCUCAAAUCUCAUGCUGGCAUCGUACUGCGGCCAUUGUGCCAUCGCAAAGGUGCUCCUCAGACAGGGUGCGGAUGUGGAUUCGAAGGACACUGAGUAUGGUCGAACACCUCUAUCAUGGGCUGCAGAACGGGGACACGAGGAGAUUGUCAAGCUUCUUAUUCAGACUGGAGAGGUGGACGUGGAUUCCAAGGACACUGAGUAUGGUCAAACACCUCUAUCAUGGGCUGCACAGCGGGGUCACAAGGAGGUUGUCAAGCUUCUUAUUCAGACUGGAGAGGUGGACGUGGAUUCCAAGUCUCAGUCUGGUCGAACACCUCUAUCCUGGGCUGCACAGCGGGGACAUAAGAAGGUUAUCAAUCUUCUCAUUCAGACUGGAGAGGUGGAUAUGGACUCCAAGGACAAUAAGUUUGGUCAAACACCUCUAUCAUGGGCUGCACAGCGGGGUCACGAGGAGGUUGUCAAGCUUCUUAUUCAGACGGGAAAGGUGGAUGUGGAUUCCAAGGACACUGAGUAUGGUCGGACACCUCUAUCAUGGGCUGCAGAACAGGGACACGAGGAGGUUGUCAAGCUUCUUAUCCAGACUGGAAAGGUGGAUGUGGAUUCCAAGUCUCAGUCUGACUAA